AAGAACAGAACAGGCAAACAACUAGCAUUACAAUUAGGGAAAAGUCGGUUAAAAUGUUAACGAUCACUAUACUUUUGUUUAUCUUAAAGGAGUAUAGUUGUUACCUUGUAUUACCAAAACCUUCUUUGGACGAAAAGCCACUACUAAGAAGCCCUGUCAAUAAUGGGCCUAUUCCUGAUUACUUUGAUUGGAGGGACCGCGAUGCUGUGUCACCCGUUGUGAAUCAAGGAGUCUGUGCAGCUUGCUGGGCUUUCGCCACUACUGCUACCAUAGAGAGUCAUCGGAAAAUAUAUCUGGAAGUUAAAGAGAAGUUAUCGGAACAGUUUCUUAUCGAUUGUGAUGAUGAAGGCGUGGGGUGCAGGGAUGGUUCCAUGCUACAAGCAUAUGCAAACAUGAUCAUAAAAUCUGGUGGUAUACUUCGAAACAUAGACUAUUAUCCAUAUGCAGAAGAACAGAGGGAAUGUAGGUGGAAUGCUGUUUUAAACCGUCAUGCGACUAAUUAUACUACAAGGUGGUUCGAGAACAGUCCUAGGCCACAUCCCAGACCUGUCCCAGUGGUCGGGUUUCGAAGGGUUAUUAGAGAUGAAGAUGUUAUGGCAAGAUAUCUUUAUCGACAUGGACCGUUAUCUGCAGCCAUUAACUCAGCGUCUAUGGACAACUACACGGGUGGUAUAGAUGAGCCUACAGAAAAAAGUUGCAGUCCCAGUGGAUUGAACCAUGCCGUCGAGAUUGUAGGAUACAAUGUUUAUGAGGAUGAAAACGGCAACAGGACUCCAUACUGGAUAAUCAAGAACUCCUGGGGGGUGGGGUGGGGAGAUAACGGGUACUACUACCUGGUGCGCGGGCGCAACGCCUGUGGCAUCGCCAGUGACGUUUCUUUUCCCAUUGUCGGCUAAAAUAUGAUCAUCCUUCACAUUUUUUUUUAAGAAAAUUUAAAAAUAAUUCAAGUUGAAAUGUAAUCUAACUUUGAAAUUGGUUGAUGUUAUUGUAUUUUAAUUUCAUUUUGGAGUAUUGCUACUUUCAGUUGUUUGGUAUAUUCUAAUUAUAAUUAUUAAUCUAAAAA